CCAAUAGCAGCAGCUCGUACUGAAUACCUGAUGUUGGCGCUAAAACUAAACUCGCUCCGGACAGACCUGCCUGUUGCUGUGGAUAAAAGAACAAGAAAAAACGUGGCUUAAAUCAGCAGCUGAAAAUGGGAAUUUCUGGACUACUGCAGUUCAUCAAAGAUGCUGCAGAGCCCAUCCACGUGAAAAAAUACAAAGACCAGACCGUAGCUGUGGACACAUACUGUUGGCUGCAUAAAGGAGCAUUUUCAUGUGCUGAGAAGCUUGCUAAAGGAGAACCAACUGAUCAGUAUGUGUGGUACUGCAUGAAAUUUGUGGAGAUGUUGUUGAGCUUCAGCGUCAAACCGAUACUGGUGUUUGAUGGACGCAAUCUGCCUUCAAAACGAGAAGUGGAAAAGGCUCGCAGAGAGCGCAGAGAAGUCAAUCUUCAGAAAGGAAAACAGCUACUACGUGAAGGCAAACUGUCGGAGGCCAGAGACUGUUUCACACGCUGUGUUAACAUCACCCCAGCCAUGGCUCACAACCUUAUAAAGGCUGCAAGGGCGAGAGGAGUGGACUGUGUUGUGGCUCCAUAUGAAGCUGAUGCUCAGUUAGCUUACCUCACUAAAUCUGGUUUGGCCCAGGCUGUCAUCACAGAAGACUCUGACCUGCUGGCAUUCGGCUGCAAAAAGGUGAUCCUCAAAAUGGACAAGCAGGGCAAUGGCCUAGAGAUAGACCACAGCAACAUGGGCCGCUGUCGCUCUCUGGGGAAUGUUUUCACAGAGGAGAAGUUUCGCCACAUGUGCAUCCUCUCUGGAUGCGACUAUCUGGCCUCCCUACAUGGCAUCGGCCUAGGCAAGGCCUGCAAACUGCUUCGACUGGCCAAAGACCCUGAUAUCCUGAAGGUGAUCAGAAAGAUGGGCCAGUAUCUCAAGAUGAAUCUUGUCGUACCUGAACAGUACAUUGAGGGAUUCAUCAGAGCCAAUAACACCUUCCUCUACCAGCUGGUGUUUGAUCCUGUCAGGAGGAAGGUUGUACCCCUUAACCCUUACCCAGAGCACAUGGACCCAACCACACUCAGCUACGCUGGACUUUAUCUAGGAGAUGACAAAGGCUUGCAGAUGGCCUUGGGAAACCUUGACAUCAACACCAUGGAGAGGAUAGAUGACUUCAACCCAGAUAAACCCAUUCCCCAGGUUUCUAAAGCCCGCAGUCGCACCUGGAACUCCUCACCAGCCCCCACUGGGCCCAGUAUCUGGAAAGGAGGCACAAAGCCAGCAUCUGCUGCCCCGUCCCAGUCUACUGCCUCCCCAGACAGGCCUCCCUCCACCAGGGGCAAGGAGAGAAUCAUCAGCAUGGUCGGUCUCAAGCUGCCCUGCAGAGGGCUGCAGGCAAAGAGAUCACGAGAAGACUGUAGUGUAUCAGACCAGGAUGUGCUACAGCAGUACUUGUGCUCCAGUCAGAAGCGAUCUAGGUCAGACCAGCAUCCAGACAAGCCAACAUUACCCAGUCAACCCCGGCCGCGCAACCGCUUCGCCACGCUGCUGCAGAGGCGGAACCAGGGAGCUGAGGAGGACGGCCAGGCCACAUGCAGCAGGUUUUUCAGAAGUUCCAGUCCAGCAGCCAGUCUGAGCACUCAGAUGUGUACUCAGGAGGAUACCCUUCAGGAUGCCAGUCCCAAUCAGGACAGUUCUCUCAGCACCCAGACCAAUGACAGCGAUGGUCCCGAAAUUCCAUCUGUGGACACCCCCAGCCCGCCUCCAUCACCCAGCACCACGUCCCCCAGUGCAGCCAGUCAGGGCCUCAGGCUGUUUAACUGGUCAGACAGCUCCACCGCCACUGAACAAUUGAGAAUGCCUCAGUCCACUUCAAGCCUUGUUGCCUUGCAGCAGUUUCAGUACAAGAAGGACACAAAGAGCCAUAGACCCCCUGGAGACAUGUCCACCAUAUGUCAGACCUCUGCUUGCACUAACCCAGAGGAAAAGGAUGACCUUCCAGAUUCACCUCCCUCCCAGGACAGCGCCUAUUUCUCCCAGUCCCAGCCUUCCUCCCACCAGGAGAGUGCUGCAUCGGAAAUGAAUUUAAGCAAAGAUUCUGAGCUAGAGCAGAGUCCCACACACUCAACAGAAGCAGACACAAAACCAGGGAGGCUGAGAUCAAAGGUUUCAGGUCUGUCGAAGCUGAAGUCCAGCGGCCAGCGCCCAGCAGCACAGGUGCGGACAUUGGGCCCAGCCAGGGCCAGUGGACUGAGCAGGAAGUCUGUGGGGCAUGCGAGGAAAACCUCUUUGUCCAAUAACGAGAACAACCCUGGAUCCCAGGCCACUAUCAGCAGCCUCUGGAAGAACUUCAGCUUCAAAAAAGAUCCCCAGAAGAUGGCUGCCUGUCAGAAAGGUGAGCCCAUGUCUCCCGUCAAAGACAACGUGCCGGCCAGCUCAGCUGAGAUGGACAUGAAUUUAAUCAGCAGCUUCUGAUUGGCUGUGAAUGUUCCACACAGCGCUGAGCGCUCGGUGUGGGAGCCAAGCUUUUAAACAUACCGUGUAUGUUAAUGAUUUCUUAAUGUAUAGUUUUAAAUAAAGCAACUGUCUUGGGAUGCACAUUGA